AUGAAGCAGCUGCAAGCUCAGAAACGUCCUCCGUUAGGUUCUAUCAGGAACGACCGUCGCGAAGGUCCCAACGAUGAACCCAACCCGCGUCAGGCGCUGAACCGGCCCGGCAACGGACCAGGAACUCCGGGGGUCCUCUCGAAUGACCAUGACGUCCAGAUGUCCGACGCGGAUUGGUCUGAGCUUACCGCCAAGCUCAUUUGUGGAUUCAAUGAAAUGAGAAAUGAGUUGAGAGAGCUCCGGCAAGAGUUCCGGGGCUCCCGCAAAGCAGCCGGCGGCGAGAAUUCGGCAAAGGUUGCCGUCUCCCUGGGCGACGCCGUCGGAGGCCCAGCACGUCACGAACAAGAACCUCGUAGGGCCGCCGAGUCGGAGAAAGCAACUAGAUUUCCUAUUCGCUGGCCAUUUGCUAAUACGAGCUCAUCGACCCAGGGCGUGGCUCCCCCCGAAUACUCCCCUAUGUACACUCAAGAAGAGCUCAACAUCGAAAUAGCCAAAGUCGAAUCCACGCACUCACAGCGAGUGGAUGGACUGAACCACAAACUCGAAAAGGAGAAGAACGAAAAGGAUGAGUUGAGUGAUCGGCUUCAAAAAGAGAAGACAGCAAAUGAAGGCCUGAAACGAGAGUUGCAAAUCAAGGAGCGCAAGAUGCAAACGAUAUCCAAGGCCCUCACAAGGGCAGGCAGAAGCGACAAUCCGAUGAUCGACGAAGAAAUCAAGCGCCGUUUUGGAGAGCUCAAGAGCGACCUUCAGAGUUUGGUUAGACGCCAUUUCUCGUUGACACUGCCUCAGGAUGCGUACCCUCAAGCAGCCUCGCCAGACAUGCCCGAGUUGUUGCUGCGGCAGAUGAUCGCGGAUCAACUCCACACACAUUUCUUUUCCCCAAACGCAAUGCUAUUCGGUCUCGAUGAUGAGAUGCUGGCUCAGAGUCCUUUCAAGAGGUUUGAGAGAAGCCUACAAGACGCUGGAUGCGAUGAUGCAAUUCUGAGGGAGUGGCGGAUUGCCUCCGUCAAGGCAUGCCAUGCGUUGAACCCAACAGACGACAUGACCGAAUUUGUCAGUGAUAGGGCGCAUUGUAUUUGGAUGAACAGGGAGGACAGGGGCAAGCACUCUUUUGCACUGCGAGAUUAUUGCAUCCAUAGGGAUAAGCAGAAUCACGAACAGGCCUUCGCUGAUCUCGAAGAAGUGUGCGGGAAGGCUGCGUCCCUUGCCCUCUUAUUCCGGAGCUCCAGUUUCGAAUACGAAUGGGAGCAGCCUUACACGUGCCUCAAACAGCUGCAUGUCAUCGUUGAGGCCGCGACUGAGGAAGCGGCUCGGAAGGUGGCUGUCACGAUUGCCCGGAACCCGCUGGCCAAGACAGUGCUCUAUGGCAAGGAUGCCAACUGGGAACACAUCCUCUGUGCUACGGGGUACUCUCCCAUCUCCGAGCCAGGUUAG